AUGGAUCCGUGGUACACUGAGGAAGGGGCAGAUAGCGAGUCUAAUAGAGAGCCAGAUGUGAACGUGCCUCCUAAUGUGCCCAUAUAUCAACAGUUCAUGCCUUCUGGAGAUGCUAAUAUGGUACAGCCCAUACCGUUGGGAAUUUCUUCGGCAGAUGCUAUACAGUCGACAGCACUACAGUCGAUGCCUAUACAAGGGCCUUUGCUGAUUCCUUCACAUAUUGAUCAGCUGGGAGAGGGAAAUUCAGCACCUUAUUCCGCUCCGCUACACAACGAAACUGAAGUUCAACCACAGAAAUACCACCACAUCAUUACAGGCCUGUCACAGAUACCAAGUACGUAUAUUCGCCAGGAAACAUUUGCCCAUUUGGCUAUUGCAAAUAAUCCGCAAGCCAUAGAAUCGAAUAUGAUGGUACCAAACCUUGACACCAACCCACAUGCCCCGCAACAGCCUAAACACGGAACUAAUGUUUCCUCAGCACUUGCAAAAAAGACUUCUCGACGGUCUUCACGAUCAUCUGAAAGUCACCAUGGUUCUCCAACAGACGAGUCCUCUGAAACACACAUUACGAAAACCAUCGCCAAACGAUCAAGAAUGGGCUGUCUUACUUGCAGACAAAGGAAAAAGAGAUGUUGUGAGAAAAGACCCCAAUGUACUGAGUGUUUACGAUUGGGCUUAGAUUGCAUUUGGCCUGUGCCGGGAACUGAACAUAGAAAUAAAUCUAGAGAAUCUCGAGACGAUAAGAACACUAUUGAACAUGAAGCUUAUGGCAAGAUAAAAGUCCUCAGGGGUAUAGUUGAAUACAAAAGUAAAUAG